AUGAAUGGACAACAUGUUGGACCAAUUCCAAAAAUUAUUUUUACAUCUAGAACUCACUCUCAAUUGACUCACGCUAUCAAGGAACUUAAAAAAUCAGCAUAUACUCCAGAAAUUGUUGUUAUGGGAUCUAGAGAACAAUCAUGUAUCAAUCCAGAUGUUAUAUCUUUAAAAGGAUUUCAACAAAUUUCAAAAUGUACAUCACUUGUAAGAUCUGGAGGUUGUAAAUAUUAUACAAAUUUCACAAGCUUGAAAAAAUCUGGAGAAUUAUUCACACAUGAAAAGGAAGAUGAAAUUGAGGAUAUUGAGGAUUUAUUGGAAAAGGGAUUGAAAAGAUGUUUUUGCCCUUUCUUUUAUUCUAGAGAAAAACAAAAAGUUGCUGAAAUUAUAUUCAUGCCAUACAAUUAUUUAAUUGAUCCAUUAUUGAGAAAGAAAGUCAAUGUUGAUAUUUCAAAUUCCAUUAUAAUUUUUGACGAAGCUCACAAUGUACAAAAACUAUGUGCUGAAGCAAGUUCAUUCGAUUUUUCUACAAUUAAUAUAAGCAAGGCCAUUGCAGAAAUUGAAAAAUGUAGAGCUGAAAUGGAUAAACUUACAAUAGAUCCAUCCGAUAUUCAGAAAUCAACAGAAUUGAGAUCUGAUUGUUUUGACGUUUCAUCUGCUCUUUUAGAUUUGGAUAUACAUAUAGAUGAAAUGGAAAUACCAGAAGAAGGAAGUACAUCAACUGGUGAUUCUAUUUAUGAAGUUUUCUCAUAUGCCUCCAUUCAUCCAUCGACUUGGGAAACAUUUAAUGAAAAAAUUAGAAGUAUCAUCACAUUUUUACAAAAUAAGAAACAAUCAUGCUCUGGACUGGAACGUGUUAAAGAAGCUGUUGAAAGAGUAUUCAAUGAGGCAAAUUGUGAAGAAGUAUUUAAAAACUUUUACAAAGUGUAUAUUUACUACUCAAAGAAACAACCAGGAAAAGAUUUUAGAAAAUCAAAAACUCUUUCCUUUUGGUGUUUCAAUCCUGGUCUUUCAAUGCAAAAUUUAGCAAAGGAAGGUCCACUUUCUUUCAUAUUAACAUCUGGUACUCUCUCGCCAAUGGAAUCCUUUGCUUAUGAACUUGGUUUGAGUUUUCCUAUCAGAUUGGAAAAUCCACACGUUGUAAAUAGAGAACAAAUUUGUGUAAUGGCUGCUCAGUGUGGCCCUGGUGGAACCAAACUCAAUUCAAGUUUUACAAAUAGAGCUUCUGAACCAUAUCUUAGAGAAGUAGGAACAACACUUUUAAAUCUUUCAAAAGUAGUACCUGAUGGUUUAUUGGUUUUCUUCCCCUCAUAUACGCUGAUGGAUCAAUGUAUUGAAAUUUGGAAGAAAUCUAAUGGAGGAGCUAAAUCAACAUGGGACAGUGUAACUCAAAAUAAGACGAUAAUUACUGAACCGAAAGAGUCUUCCAAACUAAAUCAAGUUAUUCGAGAAUAUGAGGAUAGUAUUAAAAAUAGGAAAGGAAACACAACAGGUGCAUGUUUCUUUGCUGUUUGUAGAGGUAGAGUGAGUGAAGGUUUAGAUUUUAUCAAUAGAAAUGGUCGUUGUUGUAUGAUUGUUGGAUUACCAUUUCCUCCACUUUUUGAUUUGAAAGUAAAAUUAAAGAGAGAUUAUCUUGAUGAAACAGCUAAAAGGAUUACAACAGAAAAUCCAAACGCUAAACCAAUAACUGGUAGUCAGUGGUAUACUCAAGAGUCUUCUAGAGCUGUCAACCAAGCCAUUGGUAGAAUUAUCAGACACAGAUAUGAUUAUGGAGCUGUUGUUCUAUGUGAUGAAAGAUAUGCAACCCAAAAUCAAAGACAGCAGCUUUCCAGAUGGUUACAACCUCAUCUUAAAGUAGCUGGGCAAUUCUCAGAAGUUAAUAAUGCUCUCUCUUUAUUUUAUAAGAAUGCAUUCCAAAAAUUU